AUGGGUUCUUUUUGGUGCACGUGUAAUGUGGGAUACACUGGAAAUGGAAUAUUGUGUGAAGAUAUUGAUGAAUGUGCUUUGUCUGCUCACAAUUGUCUACAAGGUUCAAAUUGUAGCAAUACCGACGGAUCUUAUUUGUGCACAUGCGAUGAUCAACAUGCUGGAAAUGGAUCAACUUGCCAGGUUCAGUCAGGAAACAUUAGGUUACAAGGUCCGUUAAGUUCAAAAGGUGUUGGACGCAUUGAAGUUUUCCGCAAUGGGACCUGGGGGACAGUCUGUGAUGACGGAUGGGAUUUUAAUGAUGCCAGGGUUGCAUGUCGAGAACUUGGUUAUCUCAACGCUGUUAGAGCUCUUCAAGGCAAACAUGUUUCAUCAGGGUCUGGUCAGAUAUGGCUAAACAAGGUUGACUGUACUGGUGAAGAACCAAAUCUGAAUAGUUGUGCUCAUCAAUUGGCACUGGGAGACAGUUACUGUGGCCAUUCCAGAGAUGCUGGAGUAGAAUGUACUACAACAGCAAUGUCUGUCAGGUUACAAGGGCCAUCAAGUUUUAAUGGUUCUGGUCUCGUGGAGGUUUUCUACGAUGGACUUUGGGGACCAGUUUGUGGUGAUGGCUGGGAUAGGAAUGCUGCUGAGGUUGUGUGUCGAGAACUUGGUUAUGCUCAUGUUUUAAACGUUCUUAAAAGACAAACACUGCAUAAUGUUUCAACAGCUAUGUGGUUGGAGAAAAUAUCUUGUACUGGUACUGAAAAAAAUACAACCAGUUGUUCACACGACGGCUGGACAAACCAUACUUGUAGUAAUUCCAAAUUCGCCGCUGUGGAAUGUCUAAAAGAUAUAGAUGAAUGUUCUCGUGGUUUGGGUAAUUGCGGUGUUAAUUCUCAUUGUAUUAACACAGUGGGAAGUUUUGAGUGUAUAUGUAAUCAUGGUUACACUGGAGACGGAGUUAGUUGCGAAGAUAUUAAUGAGUGUAUCGCACAAGGGGUGUCUUGUCAUUCAAAUGCAGAUUGUUUUAACACAAAUGGGUCGUUUAAGUGCCUCUGCAAAGAGCGUUUUGCAGGAGAUGGUAUUCAAAAAAUUGAAAAGUGUUUUGAGACGUGCUUUGAUAUUUCCGCUAUUUUAUCUCCAGCAGAAGAAGAAAUUCUUCAUCGGAAAUCAGCGUCACCUGAAAACAAAUUUUCGUCUUUUCCGAACUUUGCUUACAUUAUUAUUGGUCUAAUUUUAUUACUUGGAAUAAUACUGCUGGUAAUAUUGAUACGAAGACGACGUAGACGAUCGCAAAGAACAUUCCAUGAUAAUGAAAAUUUACAGUUGGUGUCAAAAGAAGAUUUACAUUCUGGAAUUGGUGACGACAAUAAGAAUCAAGGUUCAGCUGUUAGCAAAACUGUCAAAGAGAGUGAUGAAAGAUGUGAGUUAAUAGAUCAAGAUGAACUCAAUAAAGUCACUGAAUGCUAG